AUGAACGUUUAGGAUCAAAGCAAGUUCUCGUUCUCACAACUAAAUGACAUUCAGAAAUAACUUCAAAAUAAUCAGACCCAAAUUAAUUCCCCUGUUUCUAGACAAAGUGUUCAAUUGCAGAAAAUGAACACUUAAAAUAGGAGGGACUAAUUUGGCUAGAAAAAUCAACUCAUCAAGUCUAGAAUCAAUAUGAUAAGUGGGUCAAAUCUGGAAAUUGUGGAUCAAAGUUCUGAAGAAAGAGAGGAAUAGCAAACAGAUAGCAAGACCAACGUCAACUCAUCCCAAGUCAUUAAAAUUAAUAAUAACAAGGAGAAGCCUCUUCCACCAAUUUAGUAGCAACAGCAAGAAGUGUCUGUAGAUAAAUAAAGCAGAAAGAUACUUGAAAAAUCCUUAGGUCAACUAAACCAAUUAGUAUAUUCACCCUAUUAGAUUGAAGAUUCAUCCACUAGUCAAAUCGUGCUAAAUCAAAUAUUGCAGGGAGAGAUCAGAAACAAAUUCAGAGCUAAAAAGCGUCAAAACACUCGUUAGCACUAAAAACUAGAAAAUCCUCCGCAAGAGUUGAAGACAUAGGUUGAUCACCUAAGGACUACAUUCAAUAAUAGAAAAGCUUCUUAGUAAAAUAUGAAUCUUACUAAAGACCCCUUUGAACCCUACUCAUCCUCCAAUAAAGCCUAAUAAAAUAAAAAGUUCUCUUUUCAUGAUAUGCAGCUCUCUCCUGGGAAUUUAAAAUCCAAAAAUAAACUAGAGACCUAUGCAAAUAAUACUUAGACCACUGGCUUUGGUUUGAAUCAGUCAGAUUACGGUAGAGAUAGAAACAAGAGUAAUGUUUUUACUGUUCAUCCUCUGUCAUCAGCUGGCUCCUCUGCUAGCAAUAUGUAUAACAAUCUGCGGGUAACAUCCCAGCAGUUUGGUUCUCAAUCCAUGAGUCAGCAAGAAUAUAUCAAAGAACUCGAGAGGAAACUCCAGCAAGCAAAUGAAAGAAUAAUGCAUCUAUCUUAGCAUAAGAAAAAAUCCUCUAGCAAACUGAAUGUAUUCACUUCCCCUAAAAGGGUCAUUGCUAAGAAUAGUGUAGAUCAUGGCAGUCUGGCUCAUAUAGAAUAGUAUCUCAUCAACAGAAUUAAUAAUAAUUCAUAAAUGCCUGUCGAUGAAGUGCAAACUGAGAGAAUUGACUCAAAGCAGUUCUAAGAGCCAGAGGCUGAGGACAAGAAUGAUGAUUUCCUAAGUUUAGCUUCUGAGAAAAAGGAAAUGAUUUAAUAAACAGUCUCUAAUGAUUCGAACUUGUCCAACAGGAAUACUAAGAUUUCUUCACGUGUAUAACCUACCAGGAUCGAGCAAUUCACCUAAACAAGAGAAAAUUAAUAGACAGACAAGGAUAUAUAGUGCAAUAUGCAGUCAACGUUUAGGAGGAAACAGACAAAUAUCAUUCAUUAGCUAUCAGGCUUCAAGGAAAAUAAUCUUUCCUUUGAUGCUAGCCAAACUGCGUCUCGAGAAUAGGAACUGCAGUAGCAGGUCUUGGUUUUAAACUAACAAGUAGAGUUCCUAAAGGACAUGGUUGUUAAAAAGGACAGGGAUAUGAGACUCUACUAUAAUGAAAUUUAAGUUCAGAAGAGUAAAUACGAGUCAGAGUUGACUAUUAUGAGGGAUUAGCAAGAAUUAAUGGAGCAAUAACUUCUUAAACACUUGACUGGUGGAAUUCCUAAUCCUUUAACAAUAAACCUAAACAGUAGUGCUUAGAAUACUCUAAGAUCAUCUAUUUAAAGUAUCGAAUAGCAUUAACUUCGCUAAUGA